AUGGAUGAAAAAUAUUCUGAUGAAUAUUAUGCAACAAGAUACCUAAAGGUACUUCCGAGAACUAUUGAGGAGGUAGUUAUUAGAAAUGCUCAGCCAGAUACAACCCAUAAUGUCAAGUGGCAUCAUCAACAUUAUGUUUCUGUAACAGAUGAUCACGAAGCAAAGCUAUUCUUUGAUUAUCAAAUACAAAAGGCAAAACCAUAUAGCAUUUUAAAAGAAGAGAUGGGACAAACUGGAACUGAUGAUAAGAAUUCACUCGAUUAUACCAAACAAAUCAAGGCCAAGAAGGUUGUCGUUCCAGAAGGUGUACAGGCAUUCGGAUCUGCCUACUCUGGAUAUGGCCACACCUACUUUGUGACUGUACCUGAUAAGAGAUUGUAUUUUUGUGGAAAUACAGGUCUUGCACAGUUUGCUAAACAACCAUCAGAUUCUGAACAUGAUAUUCAUACACCUGUUGAAAUAGCAUCACCAUUAGUGAAGGGGAAAUCAGUCAAACUGAUUGCUUCUGGUUAUGCUUAUUGUAUAGUAAUAUUUGAGGAUGAUAGUGGAGUUGUUUUCGGAUCUAAUGAUUAUCAACAAUUGGGGUAUGCAACACCAAACAAGAUUUAUGAUCCAAUGCCUCUAACUGUUCCAACAAAUAGUAAGAUUAAGGCUAUUAGUGCUGGACAAUGGGUUUCUUUAAUUUGUACCGAGAAUAAUGAAUUGUACAUUACUGGAAAUCUUGGUUCAGCACAAAUGCACAGUGGAUGGACCAAAAUUGAUUUGAGUUUGCACGGAAUCAAUCCUAGUUCCUUAUUCGAUGCUUAUUUGAUUCAAAAUAAGGUUGCCAUUCUCGCCAAAGGAGGACCUAGCAAAUUUGAAAUUCAACUUUCAGAUAUUGACUUUAAACAAUCAGGAGACUUGAUAUUAAAACGAAAUGUCAAGUAUAGAGUGUAUCCUAGUGUAAUUUCUGGAAAUGGAACAGCUGAUUACAACGUUCUAUUCUAUGAGGAUGAAAAUAAUGUUGGCACUCACUUUAUUUACAAGUUUAACGAAAAGACAGAUUUGUGUGAUGUAACAAUCAUUACAUUAUCAGAUGGAUUUUCUACUUUGGAAGGUUUGGAAGAGGAAUUUACUGCUAAAACAACUGUAUAA